AUGUAUUAUGAGGAGAAGAAUCUCAAAGAUACAGUAGUACCCUCUUCCGUUUUGACUUAUCUUGAUCCACUUUACUGGUUUGACGAUAGAUUUGCUAAGGAAGAACAUUAUGAAUGGCUCAAAGAUUAUUCCUAUUUUCGUCACCUAAUUUUGGAGAAUAUUCAACCUAAUUCCUCUGUUUUGGAAUUGGGUUGUGGAAAUUCCCAAUUAAGUGAUGAAAUGUAUAAAAAUGGGAUUAAAAAUAUCCACGGACAUGCUCGGAUAUUUUUAAGGUGUACAUCAUUUUGUGCUUAUUCAAUGUAUAUAAAGGCCAUGGUUGCGGACAUGCUAGACUUUCCAUUCGCAGAUGAUUCUUUUGAUGUUGUUAUUAAGAGAGGAAUAAUGGAUGUAUUGUUCGUGGACAGUGGUGAUCCGUGGAACCCAAAAUCUGAAACCAUUAGCAAGGUCAUGGCAAUGCUCCAAGGCAUCCACCGGGUAUUGAAACCAAAUGGUAUCUACAUAUCAAUUUCAUUUGGGCAUGUAGUACUUAGGCAUCCAUUAUUUGAAGCUCCUGAUUUUACAUGGUCAAUGAAGUGGAGCACUUUUGGUGAUGGAUUCCAUUAUUUCUUCUACACUCUAAAGAAGCUUAGAUUAUUUUUUUAUGGCACAAGAUCAUUGAAUAGUUAUCAACCUUGUGAAAGGCUAAACCUUCCAUCAAUCUGCUUGUAUCAAGAUGAAUUGGAAGGUGAAGAUUUCUUAUUCAAGACAAACAUUGAUGAACCGAAGGACAACUAA